AUGGCACUCAGGAGGCAUGUAAAAAACUUUGUGAAAAAUUAUUCUGAAGCUGAGGUCAAAGUCAGAGAAGCAACGUCUAAUGACCCUUGGGGCCCCUCCAGUUCUCUAAUGUUAGAGAUAAGUGACCUGACAUACAACACAAUUUCCCUUUCUGAGAUUAUGAACAUGAUCUGGCAUAGGAUGAAUGACCAUGGAAAGAACUGGAGGCAUGUGUACAAAUCUCUUACACUCUUGGACUAUCUCCUCAAGAAUGGAUCAAAGAAAGUCAUACAACAUUGUCAAGAGGGUUUCUUUAACAUUCAGGCAUUAAAAGAUUUUCAUCAUCUAGAUGAAGCUAGAAAAGAUCAAGGUUUCCAUGUGAGGGAGAAGGCUAAGCAAGUCCUUGCUUUAUUAAAAGAUGAACAACUGUUGCACAAUGAGCGUGAAAUUGCACGUCGGACUAGACGACGCACUUCAUAUGCAAUGCUUUUCUCCCACAAGCCUUCUGGCAAAACUUACGUACCAACUAUGCCUGGCUCAGAUCCCCUUUCUGAGCUACCUCCUUCAGAAAAUAUCCAACAUUUGCUGCCUAAGGCAUUACCUGCAGCAGAGCAAAGCCUGCAGAUAGGCAAAGCAGAAAUAGCCCAAGAAGCAACUGCACUGAAUAUCUUUGCAAAGAAGUCAUCAGAGCAGGACUUGAUCAUCUUUAGCGAGGAUGAAUCCUGUCCUGAGGCUGUGCAGUCAACAUUUCCAGCUACUGUCUGUAAAGAGGAAUUGGCAAAAGGUACUGUUUUGAGUCCAUCAGAAAGAAAUCCACUCCCUUUGCACAAGUGGGAUUCAGGCAGAAAAUUGAAGAGUUCUGUUGUUUCCAGAGUUAUGCUGAAAUCUCCUCCAAGGAGGCCAUCAAGCGUAAAUAGUCAUCAAGUUGCCACAACUUUGCUUGAUCUUUGGUCAUCCAGUCCAGAGGAUUUUGUCGCUAUUAACAAACAGGAAAUCCCCAAGUCUGAUUUGGCUUGCUGUCAUACCAGGGCCUCUGUUGAGACCAUUUAUAAAUCUCCCACCUUUCAAACCUUCGAUCCUCUAGGAACCCCUAUAACAAACACCCUGAAAACCUCUCCAGCUUCUCAGCGGUACUAUGGGCCUAGUGUAGCUAGCUUGCGAAACCUCCACUUUUUAACACCAAGCAUUGUAGAGGCAGCUGGUUUGAGUGAUCAUACCACCCCCAGACCAGAUUCUGCCAGCUCCAUUGGAACAACUUCGUCCUUUUCUACUUUCUCCAUGUCAUCCCCAGAGUCAGCGGUACCAAACAACACCCCUCAGCCCCAUUCCAUUGCGCCCCAUGGCCCUUCAUGUAUGUCUUCACCACAUGGAUUACCUUCUAUCUUCUUUAAAGAUCUCAAGGAACGGAUUGCACAUUCCUUUUCUCCUUGCCCAGUGUCUGAUGUAGAUGACAAUGCUAGCAUUUUAAGCUUACUGCCUGAUAAUUCCAAAUGUUCUGUUGAGAAAAAUGAUAGCUUUAGGAGCAGAACGUGUCGUGCUUCUGGUGAAAGUUGGGCAGACAAUUUAGUGGAGGAAGUCCUUUCUGGACCUAAGCCUGUUAUACCUCCUGCCACAAAUCUUCCUCCUGCCACUGAUCUUUUUCCUCUGAGUGCUGAGGAAAAAAACACGACCAUUUUGGAGGAAAUAAAAAAUGCAGUUUGUGGACUGAGAGGGGACUUCUGCAGUGUGGCACAGGAGUUACGUACCAUAGGUAGCGAAUUGGCAAAUAUGGUAGUUUCAGUUCAAAAUAUGAACCAAUUUUUUGCAGCUCCCAAAACUGCUAAAGAUGACCUUACUGAAAUGUAGUUCUCACAUUGACUCAUAAUGAGGGAGUUCAAGAUCAGUUAUAUAUUCUGUUUUACUAAAGUGCUUGACAUACUUUGGAGUUUACUUGAACAAAAGUAAAUGCUUUUAUAUAUAUA